AUGGCUUCCAACGCAACUACCGUGAAUACCAUCAGCACACGGACAGAUCAGAUCAGGGAGUGGAGGUCCAUCGUCACCCUCAUCGCAUUCGUCCUCGCAAAUCUCGCAGUCCUCUUCCCUUUCCAUGUCCCAAUCCAUGUGCCCGUAUGGGUUGUUCACAUGACCUUGGACGGUCUGGCCGGGCUGAGAGUCAUCCCUCCCAGGGACAAGAACUAUCACCAUGACCACCGGGAUCCUCGAGCCGCGGGACGCAGGCGUUUCGUGCCCUUCAGAUUCCCCAUCGACUCCGUCACCGCCCCCCUGAUCGCCGACCUCUUCCUCCUCGCCAUUCUGGCCAUCGGCAGGCAGGAGGUCCACGAUGGCACCAUCGGCGACAAUGGCAUCUUCCCCAUCGACAUCAUGGUCUUCUUCAUCUCUCUCGCCUACAUCGCCAUCUCCAUCGACGCCUCCGGCCUCAUUCGCUACCUGGCACUCAAGGUCCUCCAGUGGGGAGGCGAGGUCGGUCACCGUCUCUUCUUCUACCUCUACGCCUUCUUCUUCUGCCUCGGCACCUUCAUCGGCAACGACCCCAUCAUCCUCUCCGGCACCGCCUUCCUCGCCUACAUGACGCGUGUCUCCACCAACAUCAAGCACCCCAAGGCCUGGAUAUUCUCCCAGUUCUCCAUCGCCAACAUCGCCUCCGCCAUCCUCGUCUCCUCCAACCCCACCAACCUCGUCCUCGCCGGCGCCUUCCGCGUCAAAUUCAUCGAGUACACCGCCAACAUGGUCGUCCCCGUCGUCGUCACCGCCGUCGUCCUGUUCCCCUUUCUCCUCUACGUCGUCUUCAAUAACGAGGGCCUCAUCCCUUACUCCAUCAAGAUGCGCGAGGCCCCCGAGUCCACAAUGUCCGCCCCCGUCAACCCAAACAUCCCCAUCCCCCGCGCCGCCUCUGCACGCGACGAGAACCUCCUCGACGACGACGACGAGAACACGGACCAGCUCGUCGAGGAGAUCAUGAACCCCUGGCUCGACCGGGGGGGCGCCGCCUUCGGCGCCCUCGUCAUGUCCGCCACCCUCAUCACCGUGCUGACCAUCAACGCCGCCGGCGUCAAGGCCACCCACGGCCGCCGCUUCCAGGUCUACUGGGUGACCCUGCCCGCCGCCUGCGUCAUGCUCUCCUGGGAUCUCUGCUUCGGCUGGCUGCGCCGCAAAGAGACGCGCGCCAUCGCCAGGGGCAUCCACCGCGGCGACGAGCCCAGCCCCGAGCACCCGGACCUCGAGCACGGCAAGGAGUCGAGCAAGCCUUCGGGGACGGAGAUGAUGCCAAUAACGCCCGCGCCACCGUCCCAGACCCGGCCGCAUAUCCACAUCGAGACGGCGCCCGAGAUGUCGGAGAAGGAAAAGAUGCGUCUCGCCGACGACGAGGUGUCGCCGGUGGGCCGCGACGUCGACACGGACACGCCCAGCUCCAGCGCCCCGCCCGCCGUCGCCUUCACCCCGGCGGCCCAGGUCUCCGCUGAGGGUGGUGGUGGUGGCGACGGCGGCGGCGGCACUGGCAACGGAACCGGCACUGGCAACGGCACCGGCACCGGCAACGGCGAUUGCAAGGCGAGACGUGAGAUGUCGUCACUUGCGGUGCUCUCCGGCAACGAGAAGGGCAGGGACCACGUCAGCGAGAAUCGGGGGUCGGCGGGCGACCAGGCGGCCCCGCGGACGCUCGUGUCGGUCUGGCGGGACGCGCACCGAUGGCUGCAGGAGACGUUCCCGACCGUCAUGGCGGUCAUCUCGCAUCUCCCGUUCCCUCUCGUGCCGUUCGCCUUCGCCAUGUUCGUCCUGGUCCAGGCGCUCGUCACCAAGGGCUGGGUCCCGGUGUUCGCGUACGGGUGGGACCACUGGGUCGAGAAGACGGGCGUCGUCGGCGCCAUCGGCGGCAUGGGCUUCCUAUCGGUGAUUCUCUGCAAUUUCGCGGGCACCAACAUCGGCACGACGAUCCUCCUCUCGCGGGUGAUCCAGGCGUGGGAGCAGAUCCGGCGGGAGUCCGGGGUGGCCAUCAGCGACCGCAUGUUCUGGGGCACCGUGUACAGCAUGGCGCUGGGCGUCAACUACGGCGCCUUCAGCACCGCCUUCAGCGCGUCGCUGGCCGGCCUGCUGUGGCGCGACAUCCUCGGCCGGAAGCACAUCCGCAUCGGGCGCAUGGAGUUUGCGCGGGAGAACGUGCCCAUCAUCACCAUCUCCAUGAUCGUCGGCUGCACCGUCCUGCUCGGGGAGAUUUACCUCAUGCGCACGAACGCGCCCUAUCACCUAUCAGGCGGGGGGCUCGUCUGA